GAGCUUGUUGCUUGUUGCCCAAAAAUUCCAAACUUCACGCUUACCGUCCGAUGAAGUCAUUGGCCACAGUUCACACUUCCUUCUUUCAUGUUAUUUUCUUGUUAGCUUCUUCUCAGUUGUCGAUUCGUUGUAUAUAAAUUAUAGAUUGAUCAGCGGCAAUUAGAUUGGAUUUUCCAUCGUCUUUGUUGAUGUAAGGUGGUCAAUAUUGCGUUGGGAUCGUGUAAAAGUCUAAUCUUGCAUUGCUACUCCUUUUCUUUUGUUUGAUCUCGGCUUCGCUUGGUUGCUUUAUUGUUUUGGUGCUGGGGGUGAUUGUUUUGGGGCCAGGGGUAAGGUUUAUUGAUCUCUGAUUCAUUUUGCAUUUUCUUCUUUACGGGUUGAGAGAGCGUUUUAGGGUUAGGGUUUUUUGUGGCGUUGCUUUUGUCAGUGAAGAAAUGGACAAGAAGAAGAUAGCGGUUCCUUUAGUCUGCCAUGGGCACUCGCGCCCAGUUGUUGACUUGUUCUACAGUCCUAUAACCGCGGACGGCUUUUUUCUCAUCAGCGCCAGCAAGGAUUCAAGUCCCAUGCUGAGAAAUGGGGAGACAGGUGAUUGGAUUGGUACUUUUGAAGGGCAUAAGGGUGCUGUUUGGAGCUGUUGCCUUGACACUAACGCCUUGCGCGCUGCUUCAGCUUCUGCUGAUUUUUCAGCGAAAGUAUGGGAUGCCUUAACUGGUGAUGAGUUGCAUUCAUUUGAACACAAGCACAUUGUUCGUGCAUGUGCCUUUUCUGAGGACACCCACAUGCUUCUAACUGGUGGGCUUGAAAAGAUUUUGCGUUUAUUUGAUUUGAAUAGACCUGAUGCUCCACCGACUGAAAUUGAUAAAUCACCUGGUUCCAUCAGAACUGCUGCAUGGCUUCAUAGUGACCAGACAAUCCUAAGUUCAUGCACUGAUUUGGGAGGUGUGAGAUUAUGGGAUGUAAGGAGUGGAGAAAUCAUCCAAAUUCUGGAAACAAAAUCUCCUGUUACCAGUGCUGAAGUUAGUCAAGAUGGUCGCUACAUCACAACUGCUGACGGUUCAACCGUCAAAUUUUGGGAUGCAAAUCAUUUUGGUCUUGUGAAGAGCUACAAUAUGCCAUGCACUGUUGAAUCUGCUUCCCUUGAACCCAAAUUCGGAAACAAAUUUGUCGCCGGAGGAGAGGACAUGUGGGUUCGCAUCUUUGAUUUUCACACCGGCGAAGAAAUCGGAUGCAACAAAGGCCAUCAUGGCCCUGUCCACUGUGUGCGUUUCUCUCCGGGCGGUGAGUCUUAUGCUUCAGGUUCUGAGGAUGGCACCAUCAGAAUAUGGCAGACUGGUCCUGUUACAUUUGAUGAUAACGAGUCGUCGGCCUCUAUCGAAGUUUCUGGAAAGAUCAGCGCUGUGGUAAACGAUGCCGCACGCAAAGUUGAGGGCUUCCAUAUCUCCACUGAUGGGAAAAUGGAGGAGAAGGUGGAGCCAGCUACAGAAUCCUAAAAUGCCUUUGAAUAUAAGCUCUUCUACAGCAUGCAAUCAAUACUAGUUGGAUAUAAUGGGUGUUUUGAAAGCAAAUUGUUGGCUUCUCAUGAUCCUUCUAAACAUGCCAUACAUUCAUGCUAGAUUUUGUUUGUAAAUGCCUCUAUUUUGUUUUGCCCCUGUUUGUUCUUCCAUAUCUCCACUGGUGCUGUAGCAGAGCAAUAUCCCUUUCUCUAUCAUAUCUUUAUAGACUACUUCAUAUAAGGGAAAAACAUAGUACUUGCUACCA